AUGUGCAAGAAGGCUGGGAAAGAAACCACAGGUGGUGUGACUUUGGGCCGGUUGGGUGGUACCGUUGGGUACAAUGGGUACAACGGGUACAACGGGUACAACAAUAGGGUGGUGGUCGGGGUCAGUGGCCUCUACGGCAAUCGAGUCCCGGAGCUUCCACAGCCGGUGGAGGAGCUGGUCUUCACUAGACUGGAGACCGAGAGAAUAGGAUUUUAA